AUGCAAGUACAUCAGACGCAUAAGAGUUAUGCAGAUAGACGCAGACGAGAGCUUGAGUUUCAGGUGGGAGAUAGAGUUUAUCUCAAGAUGGCUAUGUUGAGGGGUCCUAACAGAUCCAUAGCAGAGAACAAGCUGAGUCCGCGUUUUAUGGGGCCGUUUCCAGUAGUGGAACGAGUUGGGCCAUUGGCGUACAGGCUGGAGUUGCCUGAGAUUAUGAGAGCCUUUCACAAGGUUUUUCAUGUGUCGAUGCUGAGGAAGUGUCUUCACCCUACAGAGGAGUUGGUGGCUAGGAUUCCAGAGGAUCUUAGGCCAGAUUUGACAGUGCCGGCAGUGCCUGUGAGGAUUUUAGAGAGGAGGGAAAAGGUUCUGAGGAACAAGAGGAUUCCCUUACUGAGGAUUUUGUGGGAUUGCAGUGGUUCUACAGAGGAGACUUGGGAGCCAGAGGCAAAGAUGAAGUUGAAGUUCAGGAAGUGGUUCGACAAGCAGGUCGAGGAGUGA